UGCCCAGCCCCGCCCUCGUUUGUUGCUCCUCGCUCCUCGCAUUCUUUCUCUUCGCAUUUUUUCACCAUCACCAUCGCCUUAGUCACAGCAUUCAUGUCACCGCAUUUAAUGGAUGCCUUGUCCGCGGAUGCCCAUCCUCGUAUUCGGUCUGGGUUCGCUUUUCCUGCAAUUGGGUGAAGGAUUUCUUUUGAAUUUUCUCGGAUGCUUUAUGUACACCACUUCUAGGUCUCGUUAGUAAGGUUAUUGGUAUUUUAGUUCAGCUAUGGCAGUUUUCAGUUUGGAGGCGGAGAUAAAUCACGAGGAGUUGAAUUGCUGAUGAGCAGAAGGGCGCGGUUUCAGACGUUACGGAGAGUCGCUGUUGGGUCGGAAUUAAUGGUUCGCGGAGUUGAUUUAGCUUUCAAGUUUUGUACAGUUGAUUUGUGUGGCCCUUUGGGAGGUGGUGGUGGGAGUUGAUGUUUGGAUAGGGGUUUUAGGGUGGUUGUACAUGCAGAUGCAGGGGAUAAGAGUUUGAAUUGUCGCGGAGUUGUGGAUGGUGUAAAUUAUGAAGAUCAAGUACACGCAGCGUGUUAGGGAUGUUGACGCUGAUACAGACUUUGCUCUGGCGAUGGCACUGGAGGAAGACGAAGCUGAGAUUUGCAACAGCGAUGAUGAUUUUCAAACUACAGGACCCGCGCCAGUAAUUUUCAACCAGACACUGGCUCUGUUGAACUGUGUCAAGAAGAAACAGGUGAAGAAGAAAGUAUCUAGGAAGAAUUUAAGUUUGGAAAAGAAACAGCGAGGAGGUGGUAACGAAAUUGGAGAUGCCGCGCAGCUGGGAAGUAGAGCUGGCCGUGGAAAGGAGCUUAUGGUACAUUGUGAGGAUAUCACUAAAUUCAUGCUGGAAAGUACUGCCACUUUUGUAGAAAUUGAAAAUCUAGUUUCAAAUGAAGGAGAGCGUAAGCGUAAAGAGCCUGAAGUGACUGACAAGAGAGCCUUGAGAGAUGACAAUUCAAGAUCCAGUGAUGGUGCUAAACUUAUUAGUUCCGUUACAGAUCCUUCUGUUCUAGCAGAAAGAGACAAGGACGGCAUCGUAGCCAGAUCAGGAAAGGUUGAGAAAAAUUUGAUACAUAGCAAUUCGAAAUUAUGGGGAAAUUGUAGUAAGGAAAACACGGACAGGGGUACAGAUGGUCCGAUACCAUGUGAGCAGCCUGAGCAGCAGAGGCAGACAGACAGCAUUUUAAAGUUGGAUUCAAAGAGAGAAAAAAAUUGUAGUAGCCUUGGCGCUGGAUGCAAUACUUAUGUUGAUAGUGCUAAGAAAGUGAAGACGACUGCAAGGGUGUCGGACGAUGAUGAUACCUUAAGACAUAAACAAAUUGAAGGAAUUGCUCGGCUGGGCUCUUCGAAUUCUGAAGGCGAUGAAGUUGCUGAAAGUGAUUGUGGGGCUGCAGUUGAUGAAGACAUGGUUAUCUGUACACAAGUUGAUGCGCCUGUUAGGAUGAAAUUCGGUCCAUCCGUAUUGGAGCGAUGUGGUAUUGCCGUUGAUGUGAGAGAGAAGACUACUGAGGGUCGACCUAAACGUAAGAAUAUAUAUGACAUCUUGUUAGGUAAAUGCAGAAUGUACCGACUUCCCGACUCCAUGAAUGAGGAGGGGCCAACGACCGAUGGUGAAGUUGAGGACAUGGAUACCCCAGGGACAGCCAUGCGGGCUUUAGUAGAUGAAGCAGAGUUGGAUUACGAAGGUCUUGGUUUCAAUGAAGAUGACAAUGAAAGCAUGGAUUCAUUUGAGUGCCCAGUCUGUGGAAUUGCCUUAGUCGACCUUUUCGUUAGUGACAGAGAACAGCAUGUCAGCAGUUGUUUAGACAAAGACAAUAUUUCGUGUGGGCGAACAAAUGCUGGAGACUGUCUAGAUCGUGAAGCUGAAAGAGAUGAAGCAACUGGAAGUGUACAGCCGCUGAUUAGUGAACAAAAUGUGAUAAUCGAGAGUCUUGAAUGCCCCGUCUGUGGGGUUUGCAUACAAGAAUUAUCCAACGCAGAAAGAGAAACGCAUACUAAUUCAUGUCUUGAGAAGGAUAAUAUAUCAUGUGACAGAGAAUAUGCAGAAAGUUAUCCAGGUGGUGGAGCUGAAACCCCUGAAGCGGCUGAAAUUGGGCAGCUGCUGAGUAGCCAAAGCAAUGUGAUGAAUUUGAAUCUUGAAUGUCCAGUCUGUCAAAUUUGCAUAGGGGGAUUGUCCACCGCCCAACGAGAAGAACACACGAAUGCAUGCCUAGAUAAGUGUAAAGAAGAAGAACUAGGCGAAGUCUCUGAAUUUGCGGAAGCUGCAAUGGGUCAGGCCGCAGGUAGACCAGAUAUGGCUCCAGUUGUGACGUGGUUGACAAACCUGAAUCUGGCCAAGUAUGUGGACAUCUUUGUGAAAGAGGAGAUUGAUUGGGAUACUUUGAAGUGGCUCACUGAGGAGGAUCUUAACUCGUUGGGAAUUUCAGCACUUGGACCAAGGAGGAAGAUACUCUCUGCAAUUAACGAAUUAAGAAACGUCCCUUCCACAUCACAGCAUAUGACGGCCAUAAAAGAGGGUCAAAAACUCUCAGAUUCGGCCUUGCCGGUUACUCCUGUUGAUACAUCGCAAGGAUCCAGAAAAUCCAUCGCGGACUUCUUUAUUCCUCCUCCAAUUACUGAGCGGCGAGUCCCAGCCCCAGAUAAUCACACUCUUGCUGGUCCAAAAGCUUCAGGUAAUGCUAGCACUACAGAAAUGCCGUGGAGAAACACCAAUCCGAGAAGGGCUAUCUCUGCUGUAAGGAAUUCGAGAGCUAUUGGGACAAGUGGUAUUCCAACGUGGAUGUGUAUUCCUGGCACUUCCUUCAGAGUGGAUGCAUUCAAGCACACUACAGGAAAUUGCUCCAACUGGUUUCUAACUCACUUUCACACUGAUCAUUACCAAGGACUAACACGAGGUUUUAGACACGGUAAAAUAUUCUGCUCAUCUAUUACAGCGCGUCUUAUCAGCCUUCGCAUUGGGGUACCCUUGGACCGCAUUCAAGCUUUGCCUUUGAAUGAAACGGUCCUUAUAGAUGGUGUGCGGGUGACAUUUAUAGAUGCUAAUCACUGCCCAGGAUCAGUCAUGAUUCUCUUUGAACCGCCUAACGGUGAGGUUGUGUUGCAUACUGGAGAUUUUCGCUAUUAUUCAGACAUGGCUUCUAACGAUGUUUUGCGGAAAUGUCGAAUAACCACCCUUAUACUUGACACUACUUACUGCGAUCCACAGCAUGAUUUUCCUAAGCAAGAUUCAGUGAUACAGUUCGUCAUUGAUGCGAUUCAAGCAGAAGCUUUCAAUCCUAAGACUCUUUUUCUCAUUGGCACGUAUACGAUAGGUAAAGAGAAAUUAUUCCUGGAGGUUGGGAAAGCUCUUCAGAAGUAUGUUUAUGUAGGAUCUGCAAAGCAGCGACUGCUAGACUGUAUGGACCUAACUGAAGAAGAUAAAAGAUGGUUGACAACCAAAGAUCAAGAGAGUCAUAUUCAUGUGGUGCCGCUAUGGAGCGUUGCUAGCUUCAAACGAAUGGGCUCAAUCUCUCGCCAUUACCAUGGUCGAUAUGAUUCUAUUGUUGCAUUCUCACCAACUGGAUGUAGUUUCGGGAAGGACAAGAAACGUGUGCAGGGCCGCCCUGGUCGACGCUAUCAGCAAGGCAGCAUAAUCCGGUACGAGGUGCCAUAUAGCGAGCACUCCAGUUUUACUGAACUCAAGGAAUUCGUUCGAUUUAUUGGUUCAGAAAACAUCAUCCCUAGUGUUAUAAGCAGCACAGGCCCGACCGCAGAUGCCAUGGUCGCAACUUUACUGAACGAAGAAAGUUGAGGCUGGUAUUAAAUAUUUCAUGUAUUCUAUGUUGCAAACUUGGAAAACUUCUCACUUUGCGCUUCUAGUGCUUGCACAGCGGUACAUUCAAGUGGAUAAAGGUGAGUCCACUUGGAUUUCACCAGUGCGGAACUUUAAACUCUUGCUUGCAGGCCAUGUCAACUCCUUCCUGCACAUUUCGGUCGCAGCAAUGAUGUGUUUUUUCUACCGACAGUGCAAAAUCUGAAGCCGGUGUAUUUCUAAUGCCAAUUCAGAAAAUUUAGUGAGAGCAAACAGAUUUGAUACAGGAAAGCUACUUCCAGCUGGACACUGUAGAGGUAGAUGUGUUCAAUACCGAUAGUCUGCAAGUGGCAUAUCGUGUGCCCCAGGUGCUCACACUUGGGAGUCGGACGUUGUGCCAAGUGCCAAUUGGGCCAGAUCCUCAAGUCCAAAACGCUUACUUGACUCUCUCUGAUUGCCACGUUAGGGCAUUAUGCCCGCAAGGCCUUAUCGCGGUCCAGAUUGAACUUACAUCAGCGACUCUAUUUCUUGCUGUUUGUGGUAGUAGUUUAUUUUAGGCGACUUCCUUUCCUUCGACUUGUUUAUUUGUGGAUAAACCUCAAGAUACUGUUCCGGCUAUUCUGCACUGUGUAAUCCUGGGCUCUGGACCUGCCUAACUCGUUUUGAAAAUAUCUUCAACUGUGCUUUUUACCUGCUCUAAA